GUUGUGUAAACUUCUGAAUAAAAAGACGUCAGACAUGUGUCACGUGAUCAAAAAUUAUACGAGGUGCGGUUCACAAUUUAAAGUUCUUUUUUUAUGUUAUUUUUCCGUUCUUUCACGUAAUAUACUACCAAAGCGAGCAUUUCUGCAUUUAUAACUGUGCUGUUGUCAUUUCUUCUUUGAUACAGAAUACAACGUAAUUUUACAAUUUUGAGUAUUUUUUUAUAAGUUGCGGUAUCAGCACUCGGCUUCGCCUCGACUACAAUUUCGCAAACUCUUAAUUGUAAAGAUUUUUUUACUCCAAAAACCCUCUCUGGGCUAUUUUUAUCUACUUAGACGUUAUAAUCUACCUGUAAAGAGUUUUUUGUAAUUGAUAUAAUUUCACAAUGAAAAAUAAUAAAACUCAAGAGCACAAGCUCGGCAAACUCAAAGAUUCAUGAUUUCUCAAGUCCAUAGCAACAAUAAGGUACUUAAACAACAGUCAUUGUGACAUCAAUAAUUUCAAGAAUGCUUGAAAAGGUAUUUGUAUCGAUUUAGUGUGCCUAAUGAAAAUUUGUAAAAAUGAAUCCUUGUAAAUUGAAAGAGCCAAAAGUAAUAGACAAUGCCCUUCUGGAGAAAUGUAUCAAAGACCAGGGCCCCAAGGGUGAAGCGGGUCGCUUGGCGGAGAUCGAAAAAAUCCCCCUUGAAGACGUCACCGAGAUUCGCUUAGAAUUUCUGAAUAUCUUAAGAAUUGACCACUUGUGGGUGCUGACAUCUUUAACGAAAUUAAAUCUCAACAAUAAUUUACUGGAAAAAAUCGAAAAUUUGGAAAGUCUGGUGAACUUAACUGAACUAAAUUUAUCAUUCAAUAAAAUAGCUAAAAUCGAAAAUUUAGACGAGCUUCGCAACCUUGAAAAGCUGAGUCUGUAUGAUAACGAAAUCACGGUUUUGGAGAACAUGGACACUUUAACAAAAUUAACAGUUUUUAGCAUUGGAAGAAACAAAAUUGACGACUUGGACAAUAUUCUGUAUUUGCGACGAUUCGGCAAUUUAAAAUCGUUAAAUCUAGUGGGGAAUCCCUGUGCCGAGGAUGAAGAUUUUCGUUUAUUUAUUGCAGUUUUUCUGCCACAACUCGUUUACUACGAAUAUAAAUUAAUAUACGAGUCGGAACGGGAACUUGGACACGAAACUUUCAGUGCAAAACUGCGAGCAUUGUUGGAGAAAGAGGAGAAGGAACGGGAAAUCACUGCGAUAAAGGAACAAGAGUUGGCCGAUGCCGAACUUCACGCCUCUAGUUUCGUGGAGUAUUUAAACACUCGCCAUUUGUUCGACUCUUUAUUUGCCAACGACACCGACGGCAUGAACUUGAUGAAAAUCGGCGAAGACGCGCAAGAAUUCUACGACGAGUACGAGGAGAACUUCAUCGAACUGUGUAAACAAAUAUUCGAAAAUGGGCAACAACAGUACAUCCUGCGCAAAACCGAACAGGACCAGUUCUUAAAAUGCGUCGAAGACGCAAAUAAGGACAAUCAAGACGAAAGCAUUAAACACAUGGAGAUCUUCCUGGAGAAGAAGGCAAUACUGUUCCUCAAAAUCAAAAACGUGCAAAACCAGCUGAACUCAAACGAAAUAAAUUACGACGAGUUUAUCGACAAAUGCGACGUCUUCGUGGUGGAGUACGACGAGAUGUUGCACGAAGUUUGGAAAGCGCUAAUGAAACUGGAACUGGAACUUUACGAACAAAUGGAAGAAGUCAACCAAACUUUCGAACACAACAUCACAGAACUCGUUAAUAAUUUCAUUGAAUCGUCGCAGGCUUUCUUUACGCAGAUCAGAGAGCUGGAAGUGAGCUACGCUGAAAAUAUCGGCGAUUUGGCCACAAAGUUUCAAACAAAUGCCAAUUUGAAUGAGGAAAUCGAAGUUCCCGCAGUUCUUAAACCGAUAAGGAUCUUCUGCACAACGCGUUGGCAACAAGUCACGAUAUGCACAUGCAGAUUAUCGAUGCGAGAGAAGACACUCUCAUUUCGAACGCCAAGGAUUGGCUAAAUGAUUUAAUCGACGAUUUAAACACGAAUGAGAUCAAGCGAAACAGGGGGAAAGUGCUGGAAAUUAACCACUUUCUUGAAAUCCAAAGGCAGGAGUUUGAGGAUUUGAAUAAGGAAUACGCGCCUGAUCUCAAGGAUGACGUUAUAGCCUUGGAAUAAGUAAGAUAGUAAAAUAUACUUUAUUUUUACAAAAGUACUUACACAUAUUCUUGGUUUGGAUAAUAAAUUUUACACUUCAUUAUAUAAAAGAA